CGAGUCACCCCAUUGUUAAAGAGCAUUCUAAUUCUACCGGGCUCUGGCUACAUCUGCUUCUCUUUUUCUUUGUCCUUCUCAAAAGAAGCUCGCAUUCCCGUCUGGAGUGCACUUCUGCUGAGCAAAUUUCUUCGUCUUGAAACUUUGAAUUUCCAUCUUGAUCAACCAAGCUUCAACAGAGGAAAGCUUUUUAAGUUUAUAGUGAAGAAGCAUCCAAGUUGGUGAAAAUGACGGUCACACCAAAAAUCUCCAUCAACAACGGGGACCUUGUGGUUCAUGGAAAGACCAUACUCACGGGAGUCCCUGACAACAUUGUGCUGACUCCUGGAUCAGGUGUGGGACUUUUGGAGGGUACUUUUCUUGGUGCCACAGCUGAACACAGCAAAAGCUUGCAUGUUUUCCCAGUUGGGGGAUUAGAGGGGCUCCGCUUCAUGUGCUGCUUCCGGUUCAAGCUGUGGUGGAUGACUCAGAGAAUGGGAUCAUGUGGGAAGGACAUUCCUUUGGAGACACAGUUUAUGCUUGUGGAGAGCAAAGACACGACAGAAGGCGAGCGUGAGGAUGCCCCCCUCAUCUACACUGUGUUCCUCCCUCUCCUUGAAGGCCAGUUCCGAGCUGCCCUUCAAGGAAAUGAGAAGAAUGAACUAGAGAUCUGCCUUGAGAGUGGAGAUCAUGCUGUUGAAACCAACCAAGGACUUUACCUUGUCUACAUUCAUGCUGGGACCAAUCCUUUUGAAGUCAUCAACCAGGCUGUAAAAGCUGUAGAGAAGCACAUGCAAACUUUUCACCACCGAGAGAGGAAAAAACUCCCCUCAUUCCUCGACUGGUUUGGUUGGUGCACAUGGGAUGCAUUUUACACUGAUGUCACAGCUGAGGGUGUUGAGGAAGGCCUUACAAGCUUGUCUGAAGGUGGCACUCCUCCUCGUUUCCUAAUUGUGGAUGAUGGUUGGCAACAGAUUGGUCAAGUGAAGGAUACCAAUUGCGUAGUGCAGGAAGGAGCUCAAUUUGCAAACAGACUCACAGGCAUAAAGGAAAAUGAGAAAUUCCAGAAGAAUGGUGAAAGUCAGGUUGGCCUGAAGCAGCUCGUUCAAGACGCCAAGCAGGGCCAUGAUGUCAAGUACGUCUAUGUGUGGCAUGCUCUAGCAGGUUACUGGGGUGGAGUACAACCAGCUGGUGCAGGCUUGGAGCACUAUGACUCUGCUUUGGCAUACCCCGUGUCAUCUCCAGGUGUGAUGGGUAACCAACCAGAUAUAGUCAUGGAUAGUCUUGCUGUCCAUGGUUUGGGUCUGGUCCACCCAAAGAAGGUGUUCAACUUCUAUAAUGAGCUUCAUUCAUACCUGGCUUCUUGUGGAGUAGAUGGUGUUAAAGUUGAUGUGCAGAACAUUAUUGAGACCCUCGGUGCUGGCCAUGGUGGUAGAGUUUCUCUGACUCGCAGCUAUCACCAGGCCCUUGAAGCUUCUGUGGCACGGAACUUCCCUGACAAUGGAUGUAUUGCCUGCAUGUGUCAUAAUACUGAUGGGAUCUACAAUGCCAAGCAGACUGCUGUUGUCAGAGCUUCUGAUGACUUUUACCCUCGUGACCCUGCUUCCCACACCAUACACAUUUCAUCUGUUGCCUACAACUCUUUAUUCCUUGGAGAAUUCAUGCAACCUGAUUGGGAUAUGUUCCAUAGCUUACACCCUGCUGCCGACUACCAUGCUGCAGCUCGAGCUGUUGGAGGAUGUGCAAUCUAUGUCAGUGACAAGCCUGGCAAUCACAACUUUGAGCUUUUGAAGAAGCUGGUCCUACCUGAUGGUUCUGUCCUUCGGGCACAGUUGCCUGGGCGGCCUACACGUGACUGCCUCUUUGUUGAUCCAGCCAGAGAUGGGAAAAGCUUGCUUAAGAUUUGGAAUGUGAACAAAUGCACUGGUGUUGUUGGUGUUUUCAACUGCCAAGGUGCUGGUUGGUGCAAAAUCACAAAGAAGACACGUAUCCAUGAUGCUUCUCCUGGCACCCUUACUGGUUCUGUUCAAGCCAGUGAUGUUGACCCCAUAUCUCAAAUUGCUGGCCCAAACUGGGAUGGGGAAACAGUAGUCUAUGCCCAAAGAUCAGGGGAGGUAAUGCGGCUACCAAAAGGUGCUUCUCUUCCUGUGACACUCAAAAUUCUUGAAUAUGAACUCUUCCACUUCUGUCCUGUGAAGGAAAUUGCUGCAAACAUUUCCUUCGCACCAAUUGGUCUGCUCAACAUGUUCAACAGCGGUGGUGCUGUUGAGCAGUUUGAGGUCCAACCGACUUCAGACAGCAAAGCAGAGAUUUUUGCCGGUGAGGCUACGUCUGAGAUCUCUGGUUCUCUUAGUGAAAAGAGAUCACCAACGGCAAAGAUCAUACUUAAAGUGAGGGGAUGUGGCCCGUUUGGAGCUUACUCUUCUCAGCGCCCGCUAAAAUGCUCAGUGGAUGGUGCUGAGACUGACUUUACCUAUGAAGCGACAACAGGAUUGGUGGCUAUCGACAUUCCAGUUCCAAAGGAGGAGAUGCAUAGAUGGACUAUUGGAAUUGACGUCUAAAUUAGUUGGUUCCAUUAGGUAGGUAGUGGGGGGAAAUCGCUGUUACGAUGGGGAUUCAUGCUUGAGGCUGCCCCUUGUGUUUGGUGACGCAUUAGUUAGACGUAGCUUUCUUAUUGCUGGGGAGAAUGUGGGUGGGCGGGCAGUAAGAGUGAGCCUUGUGUGUGUGGGGGGAAUAAUGAGAAGGGUCCUUGUAUCACUUUCAUUUGCUUUCUAAUAAAACUGCUUUGAUCAUAAGAUCUACACAAGUUGGUGCUAAUUUGAGCAGAGUUCUUUAGCAGUGCCUGUCUUCUACUGCACUGCUCCAAGGAAUGAGUAAUUUUGUCCCCUUGCGGCAAAAGUUGCAGA